AUGUUGGUCAUGACAAGGCAUCUGCUUACUAAAUCUACGCACACACUUGGUGUAUUAAAGCACCCUCCUCCAUUUUCUCUCAGGCAGAGACUUACAACUCCGCUAAGUCGCACGAAAGCUUUGAAAUCUCAACCAAAAACCCUAUCUCUAAUUCAAUUCACCCAAAUCAGGAACAUGGGUGACAGUAAAUGCCCCUACAGAGACGCAAAUGUUGCUGGUGGUGGCACCCACAACAAGGACUGGUGGCCCGAGGCUCUAAAGCUAGAUGCACUUAGACAACAUUCAGCAGAAUCCAAUCCUCUAGGCAAAGAUUUCGAUUAUGCUAGCGCAUUUAAGACCUUAGACUAUGAAGGUCUGAAAAAAGACUUAACAGAAUUGAUGACAGACUCUCAGAAUUGGUGGCCCGCAGACUUUGGGCAUUACGGAGGGUUGUUUGUGCGGAUGGCUUGGCACAGCGCUGGAACCUAUCGUUCGACUGAUGGCCGAGGUGGUGGUGGACAAGGACAGCAUCGGUUCGCUCCAUUAAACAGUUGGCCUGAUAACACUAAUCUGGAUAAAGCCCGUAGACUCCUUUGGCCAAUUAAACAGAAAUACGGCAACAAAAUCUCUUGGGCUGAUCUAUACCUAUUAACUGGUAAUGUUGCGAUUGAGUCAAUGGGUGGCAAGACCUUUGGAUUUGCAUGUGGGCGUCCUGAUACCUGGGAGGCAGAUGAUGCUACAUUCUGGGGAAACGAAACAAAAUGGCUGGGUAACGAUGCUCGAUAUAAGAAUGAUUCAAAAGACCCUAAGGAUAUCUAUACUCGUCAAUUAGAAAACCCUCUAGGUGCUGUUCACAUGGGACUGAUUUACGUGAAUCCUGAGGGACCCGAUGGUAUCCCAGACCCUGUAGCGUCAGCUAGAGAUAUCCGCACUACCUUUGGCCGCAUGGCUAUGAAUGAUGAAGAGACUGUCGCUCUUAUUGCCGGUGGACACACUUUUGGAAAGACUCAUGGUGCCGCUCCUGGUACGCAUCUCGGAAAGGAACCCGAGGGAGCUCCGAUAGAAGCACAAGGUCUCGGGUGGGCUAAUAGCUAUCGCUCUGGAAAAGGUCCGGACGCCAUUACGAGUGGUCUUGAAGUCAUCUGGACCAAAACUCCUAUUAAUUGGAGCAAUUAUUACUUGGAAUACCUCUUCAAAUACGACUGGGAACUGACAAAGAGUCCAGGGGGAGCAAACCAAUGGACAGCAAAAAAUGCAGAAGCCUUUAUACCAGAUGCUUUUGAUCCAAACAAGAAGCAUCCCCCAAGAAUGUUGACGACUGACCUUGCCCUUAGAUAUGAUAAGGAGUACGAGAAGAUCUCACUUCGUUUCCUAGAGAAUCCAGAUCAAUUCGCCGACGCUUUUGCCCGUGCCUGGUUCAAGCUUUUGCAUCGCGACAUGGGGCCACGAUCUCGCUGGCUUGGCCCAGAAAUUCCCGAGGAGAAACUAAUUUGGGAAGAUCCUAUUCCGGAGAUUGAUCAUCCCAUAAUUAGCCAGGAAGACAUCAACAACUUGAAAAAAGAGAUUCUCUCUAGUGGUGUGGGCCCCAACAAAUUAAUCCAAACUGCUUGGGCAUCUGCCUCCACUUUCCGUGGCGGCGAUAAACGUGGUGGUGCUAAUGGUGCCCGUAUUCGUCUAGCUCCCCAGAAAAACUGGAAGGUUAAUAACCCACCUCAGUUAAAACUUGUUCUAGAAACGCUGGAGAAAAUUCAAAGUUCCUUCAAUAGUAACCAGGCCGGGGGAAAGAAAGUUUCCCUAGCUGAUCUGAUCAUAUUAGCCGGAUGUACAGCCUUAGAGAAGGCGGCUGGGGUUUCAGUGCCGUUUAUUCCUGGUCGAGCAGAUGCUUCCCAAGAACAAACUGAUAUCAAUUCAUUCUCAGACUUAGAGCCAGUCGCCGAUGGAUUCCGUAAUUUCGGUAGAUCUACUCCCCGGGCUCGGGCGGAACACUUGCUUGUUGAUAGAGCACAGCUUUUGACACUCACCCCACCUGAGCUGACAGCUCUAGUUGGUGGUCUCCGUGUUCUUGAUACAAAUUUUGAUGGAUCCUCAUGUGGAGUUUUUACUAAGCGCCCGGGCCAGCUAACAAAUGACUUUUUUGUGAACCUUCUCGAUCCCGCAAUAUCAUGGAAAGGAAUAGACGACGAUGAGUUUUUUGAAGGAAUUGACAGAAGAACGGACGAAAAGAAAUGGAUUGGAUCUCGGGCCGACUUGGUCUUUGGCUCUCAGGCUGAAUUGCGUGCCAUUGCAGAGGUGUAUGGCAGCGCUGAUGGCAAUGAAAAAUUGAUCAAAGACUUUAUAGCCGCAUGGAACAAAGUAAUGAAUCUAGAUUUAUUUAAUUUAGCUCAUUAA